UACCUUAAACAGAGAUGCCACUAGUUUUGCUAAAUCAGCUGAUGGAUUGGCGUUUAUGGUUCUCGGAUAACUUCACACCGCUCACAAUAUUCUACAAGCCAGCCAACCAAAACUUACGAAAGGCCACCUCCACCAGUAGAACUUUGUACUCGCUUGUGCGAGUGUUUCGAGUCGAUUCGUUCUAAAUAUUUUGUUGACAAAUUUUAUUGACAAGUGAACCUUGAUUUGUUUAUUCUUCUUUAUUACCUGUGUUUGUGAAAAUCGGAUUGAAGAAUUAUUAAUACAGUGCAUUUACAGAUUUUGUGUGACGUUCAUUGCCUUUCUCUCACAAAGGAAACACUGGAGUCCUCAUCAUUGUUCUGUGCCCAUUUCACCAGGAGUUCAUUUACAUCAUACAUAUAACGUUUUGGAAUGAGAGUGAAUCACCUGAAAUAAAAGUCAUUGUUGUAAAGGUGGAGCAGUUGAUCACAGUCGGUAAUGGGCACGCGGUGAGCCUCGCGGGACUCCAGCAUGACGGAUGACCGGGCGCAGAGCGCGGGCGGCGCCAACGCCGCGCCGCAGCACAGGAAGGGCCACAGGAGGCAAGAGUCAAUGUACGCAAUGACGGGACUCUACGCGGAGUCAGGUGGUGCGGAGGCCGACGACGCCGGGCCCGGGCCGAGCGCAGCGCAUCCCCCGCUCCCCGCGCACCCGCCGCGGGACCCCGUCAAGUGCCAUAGCCGGAACCCCUCGGCCGGCAUAUGCGACAGAGAACGCGAGAGAGAAAGAGAGAAACCUCACCAGUUAUUCCCAGAAAUAUUGGACAUUCCUCAUGAUGCGCGCGACUGCGGUAUCCUUUCAUGGAGACCGCUAUUCAUUCAGAGUUUUUCUAGUAUUAAAGUAUUUGUAUUUUUCCUCUCGAUCCUCGUGACGCUACAACAAGCCCUAAGCUCCGGCUACAUAAACUCCGUGAUCACGACGAUCGAGAAACGGUUCGAGAUCCCGUCGAGCCUCUCGGGGCUCAUCGCGAGCAGCUACGAGAUCGGCAACGUUAUUACCGUAAUCUUCGUGUCGUAUCUCGGCAGUCGACGCCACAUUCCUGUUUGGAUCGCAGUCGGUGCGGUAAUAAUGGGCAUCGGUUCAUUAGUAUUCGUGGUGCCUCACUUCAUAGCAGAAAUUAAUAGUGAAAUGACAGUUAACAAUAAAUCAGCCGAUAAUAUUUGUUACCGGCCACCGGAGAAGAAUAUUCUAGCCCAAGGCCUGUCUCCUAAUAACUUGAGGCCGGAAAAUUGUAUUAAGAGCUCACCGAGCACAUUCCUGCCGGUGAUGGUGUUCGUGGUGGCGCAGCUGCUGCUGGGCUGCGGCGGCUCGCCGCUGCUCACGCUCGGCACCACCUACGUCGACGACCACGUGCGACCAGAGUCAUCCAGCAUGUAUAUAGGGUGCAUGUACAGUAUGGCUGCCUUCGGACCCGUGCUUGGAUUUCUGCUCGGUGCCUAUCUGCUCUCCUUUCACAUGGAUUCAUUUUCGGGACAAAUAAUAGAAAUAGAUCAAUACGACCACCGAUGGGUCGGCAUGUGGUGGGGCGGCUUCCUGCUCUGUGGCUUCCUCCUGAUACUGGUCGCCGUCCCUUUCUUCUCGUUCCCGAAGGUGCUGGUGCGAGAGAAAGAGAAGAUCAGACUCGUGGAGAAAGCGGCCGCGGCUAGCGGCUCGGGGACCGCUAAGCCUCCAGUUAAACCGCCGUCCGAUAUAAAGGACACGGGCUAUGGCAAGGAUAUAAAAGAUAUCCCGGUAUCAAUGUGGAGACUGCUCAAGAACCCAGUGUACGUUGUAACGUGCCUCGGCGCUUGCAUGGAGCUCAUGAUUGUAUCCGGGUUCGUCGUGUUCCUGCCGAAAUACUUGGAGACGCAGUUCAGCCUCGGCAAGAGUCAGGCCAGUGUUUUCACGGGAUCCAUUGCUAUCCCCGGAGCAUGCAUCGGUAUCUUCAUGGGCGGCUGCCUGCUGAAGCGGCUCGAACUGCGACCCAAGGGCGCCGUUCAGUUCGUACUGAUCUCCAACACCAUCUGCCUUUCCUGCUACGCGCUGCUGUUUUUCCUUGGCUGCGAUAACAUCCAGAUGGCCGGGACUACUAUUCCGUAUACGAAUGCCAGUAAACUGGAGCCGUUCAAGGUGAACCUGACAGCGGCGUGCAACUUCAACUGCCUGUGCACGGAGACCGACAUGGAGCCGGUGUGCGGCAACAACGGGCUCACGUACUUCUCACCGUGUCACGCGGGCUGCUCGGAUUCCUUCUCCUCACGAUCCAACUUUGCCAACUGUGCCUGCGUGGCGGGCAACGCGCGCGGCAUGCCGGGCGUGCUGAGCGGCGCCUCCGCGGCCGCGCUCACCGCCGCGGGCGCGCGCGAGUACAGCGAGGUGACGGUGGUGCCCGUGGCCACGGCCGGCGCCUGCAACCCGCCCUGCAACACCAUCUUCCCCUUCCUCGUGCUGCUGUUCUUCAUGACCUUCGUGGUGGCCGUCACGCAGAUGCCGUUGCUUAUGAUAGUGCUCCGGUCUGUGAGUGAGGAGGAGCGUUCGUUCGCGCUCGGCAUGCAGUUCGUGAUAUUCCGGCUGUUCGGCUACAUUCCCGCGCCCAUCGUGUUCGGAAACCUCAUCGACUCCACCUGCAUCCUGUGGAACAAGUCGUGCAGCGGCGAGACGGGCGGCCGGUGCUUGCUCUACGAUAUAGAACAGUUUCGGUUUAGAUACGUUGGUCUCUGCGGCGGCAUCAAGAUCGUGGCCCUGGGCAUCUUCCUGGCGGACUGGUGGCUCGUGCGCCGCCGCCGCCACCUCGAGCAGGCGCCGCCCGUCGACGCGCGCGACCUGGCCGGCUCCAUCAUCAGCCUCGACAAACUAUUCGAAGAGUUGCCGUCGGCGGACAACGCGAGCGGGUUCCGAUCGGGGCUGAGCUCGGCCGCCACGUCGCCGCUCGACGCCGACGCCGAGCCCACGGCCUCCAUCCAGCGCACCGACUCGCAGUACUCGCAGGAAUCGCAAACAGCUCGCAAGAGCUCCCGCGUGCUGGUGGCGUCGCGGCACCUCCGCAACGACUCCAAGACCAUCCAGCUCGAGAACACCAACUACAAGUCGCACUCGCGCUCCGGGUCGCGCGACCUCAGCCUCGACCAGCUCAAGCAGCUCGCGCUCAAGAGCGUCGAGAACCUAGACCUCAGCGUGCUCCCGCUGGCACCACAUUUAUGUGGCGACGAGGAGAGCAAGCGGUUGCUGGAGUCCGGCGCGCUCCGCCACCGGCGCACCGGGUCCCGGGACCUGCGGCCGCCGGGGGGAGGGGGAGGGGGAGGGGGGGCGCCGCAGUCCCGCCACAAGCGCACGUCGUCGCACCACAUCACGCUGGAGCCGCACGAGCUCAGCCUGCAGCUGCAGAAGGGCCGCAGCGUCGACCAGCUCGCUCCCUCCCAGCCUCGCCCGCCGCACGACCCCUGCGCCUGAGAGGGACACAUUAAUCCACCGAUAACUCAUUUCUCCUAACGUGCCCGUAAAUCUGAAAGCUGUUUUCUGUCGUAGAUGUUAUAUAUAAAAAAAAACUAUAUUUACUUCUAGCGGUAGUCGUUUCCUUCAGCAGAAAAUGUCUUUCGACGGAUGUGAGCGCGUUAGAAAAAGUGCGUUUUCUGUGGUCCCGCUUCCGAGCGUAUAGUGAUAUUUAGUGAAAUUUGGGCUCCGCUCGAACUCCUAUCCUGUCGAAUAGUAGCGAUAGUACCGAAUGAGUGAUUUGGAUCAUAUCGAUGUAGUUACGACGCUUUAAAGAGAUCUAUCUCUGUAGAAAACCCCCCAUAGAACUAUAGUGAACUCGAUCGAUCGGGAGCCGCUGAGAAUGAAAUUUAAGAGGAUAUACCGCAGUUUUAAUGUACGCAUUCUCUAUACAAAUGGUAGCCUUUCAAUGUAAACUUAUUUAAAGAGUUACAGUAGGCGUCGAUAUCAUAUCGGUUAAUAAAUAAAACCGUAAGAAUGGUAGUUUGGGACUGCGAUAUAAACUUUCCCCGUGUGCUUGUGUUAGGGUGGUAUUGCAUCUGUCCAAUGUGUAUUUGCGUCUCAAAUUCUGCUUAGUGAGAGAGUGAGACGCAAUGCACAUUGUACAGGUGGAAUACCAACCUUAGAUAUAAAUACUCAGUAUAUUUACACUCGGGUUUUCACCGUAGCCGUUCUUACAUAUAAGGCUAAGGAUUCACUAGCUAGGAAAUAAAUGUCGAGAGAUAUCUCGCGACAUGACACAAUAUGCCAGGCAAAAUUUUGUCAAGACGCUGUUUUUUCUAACGUCUUAUGACAUGACGCCGACAUUUGGCACGGGACUACAUUUGUCCCCCCCCUAAUGACUUCUUGGCUUAAUAGUUUUAAUUAAUUAACGACCUUGUUCAUAGAUUAUUGUUGAUAAAAAUAAGAAAUACUUCAGACGUAUUCAUGUCAAUGAGUUGCAUAACAGAUACGAUAUGCAUUCACUUAUAACUACUUUAUUGAAUUGGUAUGUUAAAUUGUAAAUAUUAUUUUCUGCAUUAAUGCAAUGCACUAUUUACAGACCAUUUAGAUAUAUUUUGUACUUAAUAUUAUCAACAUAUUACUUUUCAUAAAUAUGAGAAGACUAAAAUGAAACAAUAUAGCACAUGAUAGAUGGCUUAGUGCUCAAUCAUAUUAAUUACCCUUUUUUUUCUUACAAUAAUUAUAACUUUAUUUAUGCACAAUAAACAGCUUUUAUUGGUUAAUUAUUGUAAUUAGCAUGAUUGUGCUUUAGACCAUCUAAUUUCUGUUGUGAUAUGCCCACACAAUAACUGCCAUUUUGUUGUUUUUUUUAAAUCAAAAUAUUACAUUAAAAUCACAAAGUGCCACAUGACCCAAAGUUCAAGUUCUCUUUUGAUUGCUGGCCUACAGCUUUUGUACAAAUAUAAUCUAUCCUGCCUUCUUCUAUAAUUGAAACUUCUGUAUGCACAAACAAUAAACACUACCUUUCUUUUAAAAUUGUAAAGCACAAUAUUUUACACUGAAACUGACAUCAUUACAUUCCUCCCUUAAACUUAUAAAAAAAAACCUCAACAUUUUCAAUGCAAUAGGCACCAAUCACAAGCUAAAUAAUAAAGAUGUGAAAAAAAAGAUAUGUAUAUGUCAAUGUUAUAUUUAUUUAAUAUGAUCUCAAGAUGGUGAUGACUGCUGGUUAUAAUUUUGAUUGUAUAACUUGAUGUACAUUUGUUUAUGAUUUUUUAUAUUUAAGUUGUAAAUAUUAUUUUUAUAUUUAGAUAAUGUUAUUUAAAAAAAAUUAAGUAGCGUUUUGAUGGCUCACUUCCUGUAAAUUUUAUAUGAUAGUAAAUCUUAUUAGAAAAUAUGUUCUACAAAUUUUCUUUGGUGAGUUAAACAAAUGUCAAUUCUUGGGCUGAUGUGUUGAAAUAAAUAAUCAAUUAUUAUGGUAGAGUAUUAUUUUAUUAUGGAACAAGUAUUUUAAAGCAAUAUAUAUUUAUGGCAGAAAAGACAAAGGAAGUUAGUAAGUCAUCCAUGUAAUAUAUUUGUUAAAAGAGAUAAAUAGUUUGAUAUGAAAGUGUGUUUUAUCUAAAAAUGCCUUAUUACAAUAGAUGUUUAAGACUUGAUACUGACUUAGUUGUAUUUGUAAAGUUGUUAUCUGAAUCUUGGAAGGGAAUGGUUGAAGAUAGCAACUACAAAACUAAUUUGUUGCAUUUAGAGAAUAAUAAAAUUGCAUACUUAUUUUAA